AUGGAUGAGACAAGUAUAGAGACAACGGAGCCGAUCUUCGAACUUGCGACAGAAUGCGAAACUCUAUUUUCAGAUCAUCUCUCGAUGCUGGAAAAUGAAUCAGACUUCAAUGGCGCGAAAGUCGUUGGAGAGUAUCAGCAACGGUUCUCAGCUUGGGCGGCUUUCUUGGGCGUAUUUGCCGUCCCAGAGAUGUGUCUCGACCGCAGACUCCGCAGCCAUGUUGAAAUUCAGGAUUUGGUUCUUCGCUUGUUGGAUAUUAUGAAGAGAAAUUUGGUUCACCUUUUUGAAGAAGAUAUCGACAUCCCCGACUUAGAUCAAGUCUCUCCAGCACAAAUCCGCGUCAACUUGGAAAGUCUAAGAGGAAUUGAAGGAGCCGUUGACCGCCUCAACCAUCUCGGGAGGACCAUACAGCGAUCGUCUGAAGCAGGGCAGGCAACCAAAGUUGACAAAUUCACAACGAGCUUUGACUCCACUUCCUUCGAAGAGAUUGCGCGCUUAGCUAUGAAGUCAUUCUAUCCCGAUGCCAGCGCAUCUCUUUUGAAUCAGCUUAUCCAAGCAAUGACCGAUAUGUACGAAAAGUUUCAUUAUCGGCGAUCGAGACAAGUACGACUCCAAGCUCGACCUAAAGCAGCAUUGUUCACCAUUGGCGAAGACUCAGCUGCAAAUCCAACGGCAAAAACAGACAGAGCAUCUCCUCGACCAACAGCUCCUCCUAUAUUAGAUGCCAACAAGCAACUACCCCACUUAAUCUCAAUGACGCAUUUAGAAGACAGGUCACACAAAUCUAGAGAAUCCAAUCCAACGUCCCUGGAUAGCCGAGAGUUUAGUAGGCUGUUUUCGCGGCAAGGGGGUGGAUCCGUUGGGAGCAAGACAAGAUCUAUCCUUGUUAGUCAGGUUGCUUAUCCUCAACCAUCUGAAGAAAGCCUGGUUUGCGAAUGGUGCUUCGCAACUCUCUCGAAAGAUGAGCUCAAGGGAGAGAAGUGGAAAGCACAAGAUCUCUCAGAACACAUAUUAAAACUUCACGAUGAUAUUUUUACAAAGCCUCAAAUCCAAGUUAUUGUACACCAGAGUCAGCUCCGAUCCCCGCGGCCGCAGGACAUGUGCCCCUUGUGCUGCCUUUCAAUGAGAGAUGAACAAGGCAAAGAAAAAGAAGAACAGCAUUUGAAAGUAGCACGACCAGACUUUUCGUCAAAAGAUCAGACGCCUGGGAAAAGUCCCAAACGUGUUAAAACAGAGACCGGCUCAACACGCCAAGCUCAGUAUGGUAGCCUUGAGUUUGAAGGAGAAAUGAGAGAGAUGAUACCAGAUACAGGAACCAAAACUGCCGAAGAUACACAACGAGUGGGCAUUGAAUCCAUCGCAAGACACGUCGCCGCGCACCUUCAAGGGAUCAUGCUCUUCACACUGCGUAUGAUGUCCCUAGACAUCUCAAAUGCAACAGCAGAUGAAAAGUCUCUAUCUAGCAGUACUAAUCACGACUCAUCUCGCGCUGGUGAAGAGCAACAACGUUUUAAAGAAGAGACGGGCGCCUUCGUUGACAUGUCAGAAGAACAGGCCAAUAGCAUGGAGAUUGAUGACCCUUCGAUUCAGGAUACUAUUCCUGACUGCGAGCAUAUCGUUGAUUGGCAAGACCAGAGCGUCGCAAAACGAGCCGAGGAACGAGCUGCGCGAGAAGUCAAGGCAAGAGAGGCUGAGGAGAGAGCACGCGCUUCAAUUGGCCUUCCUCGAAAUGAACAUUUCGUUUGUCCCGAGGACCUUUUCGGUCGUAUCGCCAAGCAGUCUUCUGAACCAGCCAGUUGUGUAGCACUUGUAGGUUUAGGCGGCAUGGGCAAAUCCCAGCUGGCUCUCGAAUUUGCGCAUAGAACUGCAGCAGAAUCGCCCGAGGUCUGGGCAUUCUGGAUUCACGCCGGCACUCUAGAAGAUAUCGAAGAGGGCUUUAGAAGAAUUGCGGAGUGUAUCAAAUUGCCCGCACAGAACGUGCCAUGGGACGACUUAUAUCAGCUCGUUUGCGACUGGCUUUAUGAUGAACAGAAUGGCCCCUGGAUUCUAAUCCUUGACGGUGCCGAUGAUCCGAGUGUGUUCUACAAGAUUUCAGAUGUCACGAACGUACUGAGAUCCAAAAGGCGCCCAAUUGGAAGUCUAUAUUUACUAAAAUCACUGAGACGGAAUAGCUCAAUAAUCGUCACAACUCGCAACAAGGAUUUGGCUGGUACCCUAACCCGAGGUCAUGGCAGCAUAAUCGAAGUUGGGCCAAUGCCAGUGGUAGAAGCCACCAGUCUCUUCAGAAAGAUAUUAGGGCCAAAAUUUCAGCCGGCCUCAGAUAUGAAUGCGGCGAUUCACUUUGUAAAAGGACUCGGUCUUAAUCCUCUCGCCAUCACCCAAGCGGCGCUUUAUUUAGACAAGUAUUUGCCAAAAGCCACUACUCUUGCCAACUAUUUGAAGAAACUAGAAGAGAACACCGUGGAAAAGGCCCGGCUUCUAAAUUUCGACGCUAAUAGCAUUUUCAAGACUUGGGAAGCAGCUUUUGACUUUAUUCGUUCCCAAAGGCCCUCUGCAGCCAAUAUUCUGUCACUCAUGAGCUAUUUUGAUCGGCGAGGUAUUCCUAAGUGGCUCCUUGUUUCCGAUAUACGAGACAACAAUAAUCCGCGAGCAAAUAGCCCGAGUAUAAUGGGACGAUUAGAAUUGGAUGAUAGUGAGGGCGAUAUAAAUGAUGACUCAACCGAUACAUUCGAUGGCGACAUAGACAUGCUCAUGAAUUAUUGCAUUAUUGCUGCGAAUAGGACGAGAGACAUGUUCGAGAUGCAUGCACUCGUGCAACUUGCAGCCCGGGCAAGUAUGAGUAAUACCGAGGCACAGAAAUACUGCGCGCAGUUCAUUCAUCGACUCGCGGCAGAAUUCCCAAGCAACCCACUUGGCUAUUGGUCCACCUGCCAAGAGCUUUUUGCUCAUGUUCAAGCAGCAGCCAAAUAUAGUCCUAGUGAUGAUGCUCUAGAAGACUGGGCUAUUCUUCUAUAUGAUGGAGGGCGUUAUGCGCGGUUGCUGGGCGACUACGAAACCGCAAAACACAUGAGCAAUAAAGUAUCAAAGGCUAGAGAGAUGAUAAGUGAAGAAGAGCAAACAGAGAGAGAAGCUAUAAGACUCUUGGAGAACUCAUCAUUAACCGCGCUAAUACUGAUGGAUCAGGGGCUAUAUCAUGAGGCCGAAGGGCAAUUCACUCAUGUAACAGACACAUUCAAAAGAAUGGAAGCAAGAUGGGAAACAGCUCGCUCUAACACAUUAACUAGUAUGAACAACUUGGCGUCGGUAUAUAGAGUUCAGGGGCGAUGGAAAGAAGCAGAAAAGCUUCUUACCCAAGUCAGAUAUCACAGGGCAGAACUCAACAAGGUUGGCGCCAGUGCUCUAGCGACCCUGGCCAAUCUAGCAUCCACAUAUAGGGCGCAAGGUCGAUACGUUGAAGCUACAGCGCUUCAAGAAGUCGUGCUGGAGAGUUGCAAAACACAGCUUGGAGAAGGUCAUCCACAAACGUUGACAAAUAAGAGCAACCUGGCAUCACUGUACAGGAUCCAGGGCGAGUUGGAGAAAGCUGAAGAGCUUCAGAUUCAGGCGAUGAAUGGUCGCGAUAUGAAGUUUGGCAGGGAACAUCCAGACACACUAACAAGCAUGAACGGCCUUGCGUCAAUCUUUAGAGCUCAAGGCCGACUGUGGGAGGCCGAAGAGCUGCAGGUGCAGGUAGUGGAACUUCGAAGGACGAAGUUGGGCGAGAACCAUCCCAACACCAUGGCCAGCAUGAACAACUUGGCCCUGAUAUUUUACGAGCAAGGCAAAGGUGAAAAAGCUAUAGAGUUGCAAUCACUGGUAGUGGAUAUGUGCAAAGUCAAGUUUGGGGACAGCCACCCUCACACUCUGACCAGCAUCAAUAACCUUGCUCUUAUUCGGAAAAGCCAGGGCCAACACCAAGACGCUAUGAGGUUGAUGAAGUCAUGUUCUGAUAAUCGCCAGGACAUUCUGGGCCCUAAGCAUCCUUAUACUAUCUCGUCCAUGGCGGCGUUAAGGCGGUGGAUCGAAUGA